GCCUUUAGAUGAAAGAGUGCCCUGAAAUUUUUCAUCACACAAAAUGAUUUCCAUGAACCCACCAAGCUUAUUGUCCUAAAACCUGAUCAAUGGAUUCAUCAUCCCAAAUCCAAAGCCUCGAAAUUUCUCUACAAAGCCUCACCAAAAGCUUCAAUAGAAGGCGAAAAUGGAAGGCUUUCUUCGACGACAGAAGGGCCGAAAAUCGAGAUGAAGUUGAAGAACAGAGAUCUUCAUGGAGAUCCCAAUUGUCAGAUUUCUUAAACUCAACAGAGAUUCAUAUUUUCACCAUAAUUUUACUCUUCACAGACAUCAUCUUCACAAGUCUUGAAAUUUCUUCAUCCGUGGUUCCGUCAUCAUCGUCUUCACCAAAACAAGAAGUUUGGUUUCAUUGGGCUGGAAUUGGGUUUAUGGGCCUACUUUGCGUCAGAAGUCUUUUCCUUCUUAUUGGGUUGGGCUGGAGGUCCUUUCUGAGAAGCCCAGGGUAUGUUCUUGAUGGAUUAGUUAUGCUUGUGGCUUUGAUUUUGGAAUUGUUUUUGGAAAACAAAGGAGGAGGAUUGGUUGUUGUGGUGAGUUUGUGGAGGAUUGUUAGGGUUGUUGAGAGUGCAUUUGAGCUUAGUGAUGAGGCCAUUGAAGCAAAGAUUGAGUUGGUUUUGCAACAAUUUCAAAAUCUCAAAGAUGAAAAUGCAAGUCUUUUGGAAAUUAUUUUGGAGAAAGAUUUGAUUAUAGAGGAAUUAAGAGAAGAGUUGUCAAGAAAGAAUUAAUUUAGUUUUGUUUAUAAUUUUACUUUUCUCCCUACUUUGUAUAAUGUUUAUAAUUAAAAAAAAGUUAUAUACUUUUCCCUCUUU